AUGAAAUGAAUGAACAAGAUGAUGACAGCGCUUCAAAAUCACAAGAAAUAACAUCAGCAGCACCAACAGCAGGAGCAGCAACAUCAGCCCCACAUCCACUGGUAACAGCAUCAACACAGGAAGAAAAAGAACAAAACCCAACAUCAACACCAACAAGGAAUUUCAGAUCUGUAAGUGUGGAUAGCUUUCUGCUUGAAAACGAAAAUUUAAAUACAAAAAAGAAAACCGACAAUGACAUCAGACUUUUCAAAACUUUCCUAAAAAGUCACAAAAAUGAGGCAAGAAAUAUUGAAAAUAUACCUCCUCAUGAAUUGAACCCUCUGGUCUGCGAGUUUUUGUUGGGUGUGACUAAAAAAGAUGGAUCAGAGUAUGAACCCACAUCUUUGAGGGCAUUUUUAAGCUCAAUCGACAGGCAUUUAAGGCACAUGAACUACAAGCACUCUUUGAUAAAUGACCCUGAAUUUGCCAAAGUGAGGGAAGUAUUAAAAAGUAAACAAAAAGCUCUGAAAAAAGAAGGUUAUGGAAAUAAACCGCAUCAAGCCCAGGCAUUAACAAAUGAACAUAUUGAAGCUAUGUACGCAGCUAAAACUCUGGGAGAAUCAAGCCCAAGAGCUCUAUUACACUCACUGUGGCUUAUAUGUACAACCCAUUUUGGGAUGAGAACCGGCAAGGAAAUUCACACCCUAUGCUGGGGUGAUGUCAGCCUUGGAAUCGAUUUUGAAACUGGUGAAGAAUUCAUCACCUUCGACACUGAGCGUCAGACAAAAACCCGUACUGGUGAAAUUCCUAGGGAUAUAAGGAAAGUCAAGCCACGGGCAUAUGCAGUUCCCGAACAACCUGACAGAGAUCCGGUGCAUCUCUACAAGCUAUAUGCCGACAAACGCCCUGUUGACAUGAUGACAGAAGACAGCCCCUUCUUCUUAACUCCUGGCAACAAGACACAGCAAUGCUGGUUCAGGAAGUCUGCCAUGGGAAUAAACAAGCUAUACAGCAUAAUGACCGAGAUGAAAACAGAUGCUGGUAUUCAAGAGCCAAGAAUCACCCCAUACAGGUCAAAACCCCAUAUUAUAUACACUACUUUCAUAACAAGACUAAAAUAUAUAAUAAAAAUCACUUACCUCCCAUUUAUUAAGUAGGUGUUGUUUGUCCAAUUUACAUGCUACAACACUCAAAAUUUUAAUUCAUAAAAUCUCCUGUACUCGACUAGUACUAUUCCUCUACUUUCCGGUUCCAUUACAUCCAGUACUUGACAGACCACCAUGUAUUUAUUGAAGUGUUUCAA